CCCACACACGAAGAGGUUCAUAGGGGGCAUAAGAAGAGAGGGAAGCAUCGCUUUAGUCGGGGGCACGACUCUGAAGGCGAUAGUGCCUCGUUGCCGCUUCCGAUGCUGGCGCUCGCGACCAGCGCGGAGGCCUUUAGAGCCGCUCUAGUGGACCUCCAAGCGCUAUGCGGCAACCUACAGAAAUACGAAUCGGCCUUCUCGGCGGACGCGAAGGCUCUAUACCAGAGUACAAAUGCGUCUACGGAGGCGGCCAUGGCGGAGCUUGAGGCCUUGCCUCCGACUGAUGAUUCCUCUAUUGCUGGAUACCUGACGACAGGGAACAAGGCGAUGGCGCUACGCGCUGUGCUGCAGUCGGUGCAGCAGGCCACAUCCAACUUCACGUCAGGGGCAAUCCCCGUGCCGCGCAGCCAAAAGGAGGAGCUGUCGCGUGUGCACGGCAACAUCCUGAGCGUCAAGUUCGCGCUGUCCUCGGAGCAGCAGCUGCUGAUUAGCCAGCUGCGGAAGUUGGUGCUGGAGCUGGAGUCGCAGAAGCAGGACUUCGACGUGAUCGAGACCAACCUGGACAACACCAUGCGCAAUCUGCUGCAGCAGGUGCACGGCACGGAGAAGCUCGACGACGAGGCGCUGGCGGCGGAGGCGGAGCGGUUGCAGAACGGCAUCGCGGAUGCGCGCAUCAGCGGGCCGCGGCAGCUGGAGAGCAUGCUGACGCUGGCGCUCAACUCGCUGCAGCGGCUGCACGCCAGCCAGACGCUGGCGGGCGGCGCGGUGGGGGCGAGCGACAGCGACGAGGAGGAGGGGCCGGUGGCGGGCGGGGCGGGCGGGGCCGGGGGCGACGAGGAGGAGGACGACGACGAUGACCCGUUCUUUAUGCCCAUGCCCGGGGCGAUCAAGUGGGCGGAGGCCAGCAAGUUCAAGGAGCUGGCGAAGCCGCUGGCGCCGGAGCAGCCGGCCGACAAGCAGUUUAUGAUCGUGAUGGAGGACGAGGAGCCCGCGCGUACGCCCACGUCGGUCUCGGCUGCUGCGGGCGAGCCCAGCGUUGCGUCGACCUCCACGACCACGCCGCCGCCAGACCUGCAGCAGCUGUCGAUUGACGAGAAGGCUGCACCGGUGGCAUCGGCUGCGGCCGCCAUAUCCGCCGGCGGGGCGGCAGUGGCGACGGAGGCGGCAGCGGACGGGCAAGCAGCCGCGGCACCGUUGCCUUCGCCAAAAGAGCGUGUGGUUGAGCAUGAGGCGGCACAGUCGCUCAUCGUGCCCACGGGGCCGGUCACGGAGCCGGGCGCAGCGGGGGCCGAGGAGGCGCAGAGCCCGGAGGCAAAGGCGGCGUCACCGGCGGCAGCGGCCGCCGCCAGCACAUCCGCACCCGUGGCAGCCGACGGCGCCGCCGCCGCGCCGACGGAGGCCGGGCCCCCGCCGGAGAAGCUUACGGACUUCGUGAAUUUCCUGAACGGCGAGAACCCGGGCGCGUGCAUGUUCCACGCGCAGAUGCGGCUCUCGCCGGAGGGCUGCAUGAAGCUGGCGAACUUCCUGCGCAGCAGUGCCCGCGUGCGCGCGCUCUCGCUCUCACACAACUACCUCGGCGACGCCGGCCUGCGGCUCAUUUGCGACGGCCUGCGCGAGAACAAGUCCGUGACGGCGCUUGACCUACCCGACAACAACAUCACCGACCUGGGCAUCACGUUCCUGGCCGAGUCCAUCAAGGACAACCCCAGCCUCACGCAGCUGCAGCUGGCCUACAACAAGAUCGGCGACCAGGGUGCCAUGGCACUGGCGCAGGUCAUCCGCCACAGCAACAGUCUGAAGAAGCUGGGCCUGGCCUUCAACAACAUCGGCAAGGCGGGCUGCCAGGCGCUCACGGCCGCCAUCUCCGCCAACCAGUCCCUGAAGCACAUGCAGCUGCUGCCCGGCAACCCCGUGGAGGAGAAGGACGCCAAGGCGCUCGCGAAGGCGCUCAAACGCAACAACAAGUUCAGCAUCAAGCAGCUGCUUGGACUGAAGAGCGACAACUGAACGGCAGCGGGCAAGCCUCGCACGCACUUGGCGUUGGGCCGACAUGUAUGCAUGCACAGAGUGAGCAGCUGCACGAAAGAUGCACCUGGGACGAGGACAGCAACACCUGGCGUAGUCUCUGUACAAAGCAAACUUGCGCUCUCGCGUAGAUGGCGUGCUGCAUGAAGAGCUUCAAGCCGGCCCGCUGUGUAGCCGGCUGACGGAACUUUCUGGAUGGAGCAGCCGAAGCUGAUGAGCGAGAGUGGACGUGCCGAAAGGCAAUGGAUGGAAUAGCAUGCUGAGUUCAUUGCAUGCUGCAAUGUGCGUGCGUUUAGUCAAGCUCAUUCCUGCCGCGCUACCUAGCUAGAUGGAACCAUGCUCAUGGGUCUUGCUGAUACCGCGGCGCUUCAGCCGUCCGUCCGGUCGGCCGCGCGUGGUUUUGCGGGUGCCUUCGUGGUGCUGGUGACGUGCUGGUUGGGGCCCGGCAAGCACCUUGCGAGGGUUCCGUAAUACUGACACGGCACCACGCUCCAGGAAUGAAAGGGCGUUGGAUUACAUUCAUGAUAGGGGAUUGAAAGGGCUGGCUUUUGCGUACCGGUCAUCCUUGUGUGUGACGAUGUAUGCUUGACUUGUCAAAUACGGUACAUGCGUGCGCAACUCAUCUACCGACGUGCGGCGUGCUCCUGCAAUCCCGUGCGGCAUAGGCAGGGAUACGCUCAUGACCUAGGACUCCGACGCUUGAUCGCUCGGGCAGCGGAAGAUGUGGUGGGGCCCAACAGUUGGAACGUGGGACUGCAUGAUAUGACAGGUGGGUGUGGUGCGUGCGAACACCGUGGACAUGCAUUUGUCGCUUACCGUACAUUCUUUUACAAGUUCGAAAUUUGUCGCACCGCUUACGCUGACUGCUACCGUAUCUUGGUGGCCGCUGAAAGUGUGUCUUGCCAGGGAUGGUGGACCGUCAUGCUGCGUGACGGCGAGCGGCAUGUUGUUUAUGACUGAGGACCUGCACAGAAAGGGCACGGUGGCUCAAAUGCACCUAGCGCCCGUGUUCGUAACGGACCGAGAGCAUUACCAGCUGAGCCAUGAGCUCUCCUCGGCCACGCUCAGCAUUCGCAUUUGUCCGCACUUUAUCAUCCGCAUGCCCCUAGCAAGAGUUCACGAUCCACCGCCGCAGCUGGCAGGUCGCAGCCAUGAUCCCCCUGUUAGCCAUACAUAACGUCA